UCUAAACAGCUUUAGCUUGGUAGCCGACUUUUACACCUAAUUUUACCCCGACAAAGCGAUGGAGGUGACAAUGGACCCGUUGUUUCUGGCGUGGAGCUAUUUCAGACGGCGAAAACUCCAACAAUGUUCUGAUAUUUGCACAAAAAUAUUACAAGACAACUCGUACGACCAGGCUGCAUGGAGCUUGAAAACCCGUGCUCUCACAGAGAUGGUGUACAUAGAUGAAGUUGAGGUGGACCAGGAGGGCAUUGCUGAGAUGAUGCUGGAUGAGAGUUCUAUUGCUCAAGUUGCACGACCUGGCACAUCACUGAGGCUCCCUGGAACCAGUCAUGGCGGAGGUCCCACACCGGCUAUCAGGCCUUUGACACAAUCAGGGCGUCCUAUAACAGGAUUUGUGAGACCCAGCACACAGUCAGGGCGUCCUGGGACAAUGGAGCAGGCCAUCAAGACCCCGCGCACUGCCAGCACUGCUCGUCCUGUCACUAGUGCUUCUGGAAGAUUCAUCCGUCUUGGAACAGCUUCAAUGUUAACCAAUCCCGAAGGACCAUUUAUAAAUUUGUCAAGACUAAAUAUGGCCAAGUAUUCUCAAAAGCCUAACUUAUCCAGGACACUUUUUGAGUACAUCUUCCAUCAUGAAAAUGAUGUGAAUAAUGCUUUAGAUUUGGCUGCUCAAGCUACUGAACACGCCCAGUUCAAAGACUGGUGGUGGAAAGUUCAGCUGGGGAAAUGCUACUACAGGCUUGGUUUGUAUAGAGAAUCAGAAAAACAGUUUAGAUCAGCUCUCAACCAUCAAGAGGUCGUGGAUACAUAUCUCUACCUUGCAAAGGUGUAUCAGCGCCUGGAUCAACCAAUAACAGCACUCAGCCUUUUCAAGCAAGGUCUGGACCAUUUUCCUGGUGAAGUUACUCUUCUAACAGGAAUCGCUCGCAUACACGAGGAGAUGAACAACAUCCCAUCAGCCACAGAGUAUUACAAAGAUGUCCUGAAGCAGGACAACACUCACGUGGAGGCUAUAGCCUGCAUAGGCAGCAAUCACUUCUACACCGAUCAGCCUGAGAUCGCACUGCGCUUUUACAGACGGCUACUCCAGAUGGGAGUUUAUAACUGCCAGCUGUACAACAACCUGGGUUUGUGCUGCUUCUAUGCGCAGCAGUACGACAUGACUCUGUCCUCAUUCGAGAGGGCUCUGGCUCUGGUGGCCAAUGAUGAAGAGCAGGCUGAUGUGUGGUACAACGUUGGACACGUGGCUGUGGGCAUUGCAGACUUGACGCUGGCCUACCAGUGUUUUAAACUGGCUUUGGCUUUUAAUAAUGACCAUGCUGAGGCCUACAACAACUUGGCUGUGCUGGAGCUGCGCAAAGGUCGAAUCGAACAGUCUAAAGCCUUCCUGCAGACGGCUGAAUCACUGGCUCCUCACAUGUAUGAGCCACACUACAAUCUCUCCAUUCUCUCUGAAAAGAUUGGCGACCUUCAGAGCAGCUACACUGCCGCCCUAAAGUCUGAGGACUCCUUUCCGGAGCAUGUUGACACUCAGCAGCUUCUGAAGCAACUUCGAGAACACUUUUCGGUGCUGUGAGUGUCUGUCCAGCAUGCGUAGGAAGCAAGGUGUGGUUAGAAUAAUGUAGUUGUCAUAGAUAAGACAUAUUGUGCCGUCUUGUGCGAUUAAGCUUCAUAACAAUCAGACAUAGAAACCAAUAAAUGGGCAUUCGUUUUGGUGUUUAUUUAUCAAAUGCUUUGUAUUGACUAAACUCUCAGUUUAUUUGGUACAUCGUCUUCAUUCAACAAAAAUAGUAAUCUUGCCACUGCCUUGAUUGAUUGGUUAGUUGGUUUGUGUGUGACUGAAUUAACUGACAGAAAAGUUAAGCAGUGGAAAUAUUCUAAAUAUAUCAUACACUCAAACUGAUAUUGAUUUAUUUUAGUAGCCCUUUUUUAAGAGGCUAUUAUAUGUUUUGCUGCCAGCCACAUCAACAACAAUACAUCGCGUCCCAUGCUGGUACUGCUGUAUUUUUCCAAAGUAAGGGCUUGUCGACCACUGUUAGUGGAAAAUACAGUGAGUUUGGAUAAGAAUUUCAUGCAACACAAUUAAAAAAUAUCUGAACAAAUCCUUUACCUUAAAGGUGGGGUAGGUAAUUUUGGAGAAACCAGGUCGAGUGCGCUAGAAUUUGAAAAUACAU